CACUCAAUAAUCGGGAUUAAUGUGUGUCUGAUGUCGUCGCCUGUCGUCACACAUAAGCGGCAGCACUGAUGGCAGUGACUGUCUGUUUGAUUACACGUGCAGUCAAACAGUUGUUUUUUGUUUAUUAUUAAACAGUAGUUUCACAUCAUUUUCUCUACACUUGACUGUUGUCUCCCAAUGGUUGCACCGAAACUGGUGACCAAAUUGGUCACAUCGGUAGACAGUUCGCCGUUUAUACUCAUUGGCCAUCGGCUGACAUGUGAUGUCCGGCCACUGGUUGUGUCGCUGAUCCACAAUCGGCUCAAACAAGUGAACGUCGCUUUGGUUUGCAUUGAAAACUCGUCUCAGGUCUUGACGUCCGAUCAUUUCUUAAGACAUACCAGUGAUGGUCCGAAACGGGAGUUCAAAGUCAUCGAUUUGUACGCCAAAUAUCACACAAUCGAUAGUGACGUUUGUCAACACUUACUUCAAGCGAUGGAACAGCUGAGUGAUGAUUAUGUUGUGGUCAUCGAUUCGUUGACACCGAUCAUCCUAAUGGAUCAGCUCUACCAAACCAAUUGUCUUUUGUAUCGAUUGUUUAAUAGAUUUAAACAAUUGAUUUGUAUUCUUCACGAAGACUGUCAUUCACAACAUAUUACUGAAUCUAUUGAACAGUUAUCACAUUCAGUCAUCCAUUUGUCCGCAACUGAAGACAAAACAUUUAAAGCUAUUAUAAGACACCGAAAGCCUCACCGAAAGACACACUUUUGUGUCCAACAGUCGAUGGAAUUCUUCACAAUCAUAGACUAUAAUAUCAUUUACAGUAAAGACAAUAAUAAUGAGUCCAAAUAUAUGCCACCGAUGAUGACGACCAGUCAGACAGCAACUGAUCCAACACUUAAUAUACCAUUUAAUUUGACGCUCAAAGACAGUGAAUUGGAGGCCAAAAACAAUCUAUUAUUGCCUUAUAUUAAGACACAUGAAGACACAAAAGUGUUUUAUGAAUACGACAAGAAUGAUGACAUCGAUGAGGAAGAUCCCGAUGAAGACUUAGACAUUUAG